CCAUUUAAACUGGACAACCAGAAUGUAAAUAAACAAACGUGCAAUAAUAAUUUUUAAAAAUCUUACAACAAAAAUAAGGAUUGUCGCGUGUCUGGAUGAACAGAUGGAUGGAGAAGUGAACGAAAGUCCGCAGUCUUCAGAUUUCUUUAGCCCACAAAUACAUGCACGUGAGCGGGAAACUCAUCCCACGCGGCUCCAGGGAAACAGAUAACGCGCGCGCGCACGUGAAACCCCAGCACGCGCCUUCCAGUUGCCGUAGACCGGAGGGAGCGCGCGCGCGCUCCUCCGGACGCGAGAGAACCCGGCCGCCGCCACCGAGCUGCUGCUGCCGCUGAAGGCAAGGAGGACAACAUCAUGAGCUCCAGAAAGGUGAUGGCUAUCCAGGCUCGGAAGAGGAGGCCGAAAGGAAAGAAAGAUAAGACGGCUCAUCACCGAAGGCCUGAGACGCAGCAGAAAGCUCCAUCCGCCCCCCCUCCUCCUCCCUCUUUACCCCCCCCACCCGAGCCAGUCGCCCCACCCGAGCCAGAGGAAGAGAUUUUGGGCUCUGAUGAUGAGGAGCAGGAGGACCCAGCUGACUACUGCAAAGGAGGGUACCAUCCGGUGAAGAUAGGGGAUCUGUUUAAUGGGAGAUACCAUGUAAUCCGAAAGCUGGGCUGGGGCCACUUCUCUACCGUCUGGUUAUGUUGGGAUAUUCAAGGAAAGCGUUUUGUGGCGAUGAAGGUGGUGAAGAGUGCCCAGCACUACACAGAGACAGCGCUGGAUGAGAUCAAACUGCUGCGAUGUGUUCGAGAGAGUGAUCCCAUUGAUCCCAAUAAAGACAUGGUGGUUCAGCUCAUCGAUGACUUCAAGAUCUCUGGGAUCAACGGAAUCCAUGUGUGUAUGGUGUUCGAGGUCCUCGGCCACCAUCUGUUGAAGUGGAUCAUCAAGUCCAACUACCAGGGCUUGCCUUUGCCAUGUGUGAAGAGUAUCAUUAGACAGGUCUUGCAGGGUCUGGAUUACCUCCACACUAAGUGCAAGAUCAUCCACACAGACAUCAAGCCGGAGAACAUCCUGAUGUGUGUGGAUGAUGCUUUCAUCAGGCGCAUGGCUGUGGAGGCCACAGAGUGGCAGAAAGCAGGAGCGCCUCCUCCGUCCGGAUCCGCAGUCAGCACAGCUCCACAGCUCAAGCAGGUGGGCAAGAUCUCCAAGAACAAGAAGAAGAAGCUAAAGAAAAAGCAGAGGCGACAGGCGGAACUGCUGGAGAGACGCAUGCUGGAGAUCGAGGCGCUGGAGAGGGAGGCUGAGAGGCAGAAGGCCAAAGAAGGGUUAAACCCACCGCCAGGGCCCAUGCUAGCCCUCGGGGACAGCGACGAUGAGGAUGAGGAGGAUGAAGAGGUGGAGGAAGAGGAGGAGGGAGAAGGAGAGAGGGAGCGACCCAUCAGACUAACCAACCACACAUGUGCAGCUCCUCCAGAGCACCAUCAGCAAGAGGAAGAGGAGGACUGUGAGGUGGCUCCUGGCGCAGGUAUUCCCACAGAGGAAGAUCCCCCAGCCGAAAGGGAGACCAUCACACCACUCCGCGAGCAGGGCAGUGAGCCCGCCAACGAGGAAGAGCAGCCGGAGGAAACGGAGGAAGAGGAAGAAGAGGAGGGGAACGUGGUGGAGGAACAGGAGGCCGCAGGUCCAAAAGAGGAGACGGGAGCAGUGGAUGGGCCUGAGGCCAAGGCGGAGGAGACGGUGGAGCCAAAGACAGAUGAAUGCACCAAGGAGGAGCAACCUGAGCUGGCACAAGAGGAAGAAGGAAGAAAAGGAGAAGACGAAGAAGGUGAUGAGGAUGAGGAAGAUGAUGACGACGACGACGAGGACGAUGAUGAAGAUGACGAGGCUGAGGAUGAAGGCCAAGAAGUGAGGAACUCCGCAGAGAGCCACAACGAUGGCCCAAAAACCAACGGCCAUGUGACGAUGGACGCAAAAGGCCUCAAGCACCUGUCUCCAGCUCUGCCCCUGGGGCAAUUGCCCACACCUCUACUCUGCCCCCUGGCAGAGUCGGAGAUGAGCACCACUGACGGAGAUGUCUCGGACCCUUCUUACGAGCUGUUUAAUGGGGAGACGGUGGGGCUCACUAAUGGGGCCCGGCACCGGGGAACUGUACCACGCUUCCCAGACCUGCCUCUGGACACUGAACCGGACGAGUGUGCACCACACGAAGGAGAGGCACCCCUCAGCCCCAACGCCGACCGCAGCCGAACAGUCUCCUCGUCCAGCACUGGGGACACACCUAAAGCUAAGGCACGAGCAGCGGAUCUGCUGGUGAAUCCCCUGGACCCCCGCAACGCUGACACACUCCGGGUGAAAAUCGCAGACUUGGGCAACGCCUGCUGGGUGCACAAACACUUCACAGAGGACAUUCAGACCCGGCAGUACCGCUCCAUCGAGGUUCUGAUUGGUGCAGGUUACAGCACUCCCGCAGACAUCUGGAGCACUGCCUGUAUGGCGUUCGAGCUAGCGACAGGAGACUAUUUGUUUGAGCCCCACUCAGGAGAGGACUACUCACGUGAUGAAGACCACAUCGCACUGAUUAUGGAGUUGCUGGGGAAAGUCCCACGCAAAGUCAUCGCUGCAGGAAAAUACAGCCGUGAGUUCUUCUCAAAGAAAGGUGAGUUGCGACACAUCACUAAACUAAAACCCUGGUCUCUGUUUGACGUGCUGUUGGAGAAAUACGGCUGGUCGGCUGAAGACGCCGGCCACUUCACACACUUCUUGCUGCCCAUGCUGGAGAUGGUUCCAGAAAAACGCGCCUCUGCACGGGACUGCCUCAACCAUCCCUGGCUCAACUCGUAGCACCAGAUGUUUAUUUCCACCUAGUGGCAGCCUCCAGGACUGCACCCUGUUCUCAG